AUGCUCAAUUUACCCCCAGGCUUCAUAACCACCUUCCUCCGGUCCCAACUCUUCACCAAACUCCCCUACCCAGACACCUCCUUCUCAGGCCAAACAAUCCUCAUAACAGGCGCCAACACGGGUCUCGGUCUCGAAGCCGCGCGCCACUUCGUCCGUCUCAAUGCCACCCGCGUAAUCCUAGGCUGUCGCUCCAUCUCCAAAGGCGAGUCCGCGCUGACGGAAAUCGAAUCGUCAUGUGCGCGGAAAGGCGUGGUCGAGGUGUGGGAACUCGAUAUGUCGAGUUAUAAAUCUGUCAAGGCGUUCUGUGCGCGCGCGAAUGGGGAAGGGAGGAUUGAUGUUGUGGUGUUGAAUGCGGGGAUUGCGGUGCCUAAAUACGAAGAGGUGGAGGGCAUGGAGAGUACGAUUGCGAUUAAUGUUGUUGCUACAUUUUUGUUGGUGGUGCUUUUGGUGCCGGUGUUGAGGAGAGGAGCGGAGAAGUUUGGGAUUUUGCCUAGAUUGGUGGUUGUGGCUAGUGAUGCUCAUGAACAGGCAGCGUUUAAAGAACAAAACUCUCCUCCCGGAGAAAUCUUGAACACCCUCGCCCAAAACAAACCAGACCUCCAACCAGAUCGUUACAACGUCUCCAAACUCCUCGAAAUCCUCCUUGUCCGCGAACUCGGUCCUCUGAUAUCACCCACUCCUCCCUCUGCCUCCACCGAUUCCCCCAAGCCAAUCAUCCUCAACACCCUAACUCCCGGUCUCUGCCACUCUUCCCUAAUGCGUCAUGCCAUCUUCCCUCUGAACAUCAUAGCACGGCUUGGAAAAGCUCUGGUAGCUAGAACCACGGAAGUAGGAUCGAGGACUUUAGUAGCAGCCGCGGCGGCGGAGUGGGAGACGAAUGGCUGUUAUAUGGCUGAUUGUGCGGUGAGGGAACCGAGUGCUUGGGUGAGGAGCGAGAAGGGGUUGGAGACGCAAAAGAGGGUUUGGGAGGAGUUGAGAGAGAUUUUGGAGGGGAUUGAGGAGGGUUGUACAGGGUGUGUUGGCGAAAGGAGAGAGCUAGGUGAUCCGAGGAAUGGGAGGAUGUGCUAG